UGUGACUGGCGAGCCAUUCUGUCAGUCGUAGGAUGCGGUGCAGCCUGAUGUCUGGCAACCGCGACUCGCACAAUCAGACCCACUCUCUAUUAAAUGUUUUGCUGUCCUUAUGCUGCAACGCCGAUGAAUUCGUAAACAGCAUUGAUCUGACCAAUCGCGCGAAACUCCGAGUCGUCCAGUUCUACAAUUCAAUUGCUUCUUCCCAUAUUGAUACAUCGUUCCAAUGAGCAUUAAAAAUAAAAUUUAUGAGUCCAAUUCCAACUAGGCCUUUCGCCCUUUCAUUUUAAACAAAAAUUUACAGUGCGCGCGCACGCAGUCGACUCCAACAGCCAACUUUCAGUAUAAGGCAUUCAUCCCUAUUCGGAUGACGUAUCCCUCCACCAGCGUCCGGCCGCCAGUGAUCGAGUCGGCUCAGCGGCGCAUUUCGCAAUUGCAGAGUCGCAGGCGGCGUACUUACUACAGUCGGCAGAGAGCGACGCGCUUUACACUAGCAUUACUCUGCACGCCACACUCCUGAGUCUGUACAACUACGUCGCUUCUCGAGCAUAAUAUAACUGCACACUCGUAUAUAUUUCCUUAGAAUGUCAACGUUCAAUCUCUAUUUGUGAUAUUUAACUCCAUGCAAAUAGUUAUCAGGCAAAUCUUGCUUCGAUAUUGCGUGCUUGCCUACGCUCUGUGAUAACUAGUGACUUACCGAGUCCCUGUGUGUGUGCGCGCGCGCGUGUGUGAGUGCGUGGGUGUGCAUGAUCCUAUCGCGUGUGCAACGCACUGCAACGUGCACAUCGUAGCACGUCGCAGGCGGCUUACUCGCAUCUCUCGUGCUUCUUUGUGCGCGAUCAAAACACCGGCCGCUUUUCACGCUUCUUCAACACGUUGCUCCGAAUCCUCGCCUCGGGAAUCACCAUCGGCAUGGCCUCGACCGAACAAAUUGGCUUGAAUAAGACUUGGGAGUUGUCCUUGUACGAGCUGCAUCGCACUCCCCAGGAAGCCAUAACUGACAGCACCGAAAUAGCUGUCAGUCCCAGAAGUCUUCAUAGCGAGCUUAUGUGUCCCAUCUGUCUCGACAUGCUCAAGAAGACAAUGACGACGAAAGAGUGCCUGCAUCGAUUUUGUUCCGAUUGUAUCAUUACUGCGCUUCGCAGUGGCAACAAAGAGUGUCCCACUUGUAGAAAAAAACUCGUAUCCAAACGCUCGCUCCGGCCGGAUCCGAAUUUUGAUUUGCUCAUUUCUAAAAUCUAUCCAAGUCGAGACGAAUACGAAGCUCACCAAGAGCGAGUUCUGGCUCAACUCAAUAAUUCGCACUCCCAAGCUGCUCUUGUCAACUCUAUCACUGAAGGUAUCAAACUUCAAAGUCAGAAUAGGCCUCAGCGCUCGAGAAAAAAUGCCGGCGAUGCAGACGUACCUACCGCGUCGGCUAAUUUCAAUAACAAUCGAUCUCUCAAUCAAACUUCCAAUGCUUCCACAAAUAACAAUCAAUUGGAAAGUCCACAGUCUAAUGGUCCAUCUAGAGAUAACCACUCCAAUAAUUCCAAUGGCUUAUCACAGCCAGUGGCCAGCCCUGCCGUAUCUGGAGCAGCUUCAAGAAAUUCUAUGACGCCGUCACCAGUUCCAUCCAAUUCUAAACACUUCAAGCAGUCAAAUAGUUUUCAGAAUUCAGAAAAUGAUUCAUCUAGUGCUGAAGCUGAAACAGGUGGUAAAGAUUCUAUGGUUGAUACAGAAGGAGAAGGAUCAAGCGAUCCACUCAUGCCAAAUGAAAUAGAAUUAGUCUUCAAACCUCACCCUACUGAAAUGGCUAGCGACAAUUCCCUUAUAAAAGCUUUGAAAGAAAAUUGCAUUAGGUAUAUUAAAACAACAGCUGAUGCCACAGUGGAUCAUCUGAGUAAAUACUUGGCUAUGAGGUUGACUUUAGAUUUAGAUACUGAAAUGCUGUCUGAAUCUGAAAGACUAUUAAACUUUUGCAUUUAUAUAGCUCCAACACCAGGCCAACUAGUGGUUUUGAGUGGUUCACAGACUCUUCGUCAAGUAAAUGAUAAAUUUUGGCGUGUUAAUAGACCUUUGGAAAUGUAUUAUUCAUGGAAAAAAACGUAGGCCCAUGUUAAAUUUAUCAGUAUUUUAAACUAUAGCUUUAGAUUUUGAAAUGAAUCUUUAAUUUUUAUUUUUUUUUUAUGUAUUUCAUAAGUAAAUUUAAAAAUUUUAAUUAGUACUACUUUUAAUGAUUAGAAUUUUGUCAUGACAUAAAAGUGAUUUUUAUCAAAUGAAGAACAUGCUGAAACAUAAUGAUUAUACAUCAAUAAAACAAAUAUUUUUUAGACGA